AUGGUUCCUGUAGCAGCACAUGGUUUUGUCCAAUUAUGGAACAAGAAGAAUGGGAUGUCUAAGUCGAAGGAAGCAGUCGUUGAAGUAUCGGGAAAAAAGAAGAAAAGUAAAUUGGUGAUCUGUUUCUGUAAUGGAGAAAGCAGAACUUUUGAACUACAUAAUAAUAUUAAAAAUGUGGUCGUUAGAUCCUAUGGAGAAAAAGUGAAUCACCUGCAUUUAACUUUCCAAAAUAAUAGCUUCUUUUUUAUGGAAAAAAUAUCCUCCAAAGAUGUCAAAAAAUUGAAGGCAUUCCUGGAUGGAGUCUGUCAAAAUCAUCUUCCACCACCCAUAAAACCUGAUGUGGAUAGCAGUGCCCUUGCCAGCACAACAGUACAGAAGACAGUUGAUGAAACUUCAUUUCAAAAAGUGAGUAAGAAGUCAGAUAGUCAAUCUUUUGAGAAAGAAGAAAAAAACGGGACACCUUCAUCUGCAUCCGAAUCACUAACAUCUACCUAUGAACAGUUAAUAGAAGAUGAAUAUGGGAAGAGACAGAAUAUGGUAAGAGGAAGAAGCCCUCAUUUCCAAAGAGAGAGUAGCUCUGUGAGAAAGAAGAAAUCCAAGAGACACCUAUUAAGAAAUGUAAGCCACAAUGAGAAGAAAGAAUUGAGGAUAAAAGGGUUAAAACAGAGUAAAUUAGAUUUAGAAUUUUUAUUUAAGAUCAGUCCUUACCUACAUGGCACUAAUCUUUUCCCAAAACUGUCUGAGAAUAUAUAUUUCACAUUUCUGUCAGAAGCAGAGUAUGGUAAGGACGACCCAUAUUGGGACAGACUCAAGCUGACUCUUGACUACUACCCAGAGAAACUAUGGCAAGGCUUCCCCAAUUUGGGAAAUACCUGUUACAUGAAUGCAGUUCUACAGUCUUUAUUUUUGAUUCCAUCAUUUGGUGAUGAUUUACUCAAUCGGACUUACCCAUGGUGUAAAAUUCCCCCUGAUGCACUUAGCAUGUGCUUGGCACAGCUGUUUGUCUUGAAAGAUAUUUAUAACAUAAAUAUCAAGAAGAGGUUACUUGCGAAUAUUAAAAAAACCAUUUCAGCAGUUGCAGAGAUAUUUGCUGACAACGCACAGAAUGAUGCCCAUGAGUUUUUAGGUCAUUAUUUAAGUCAGAUGAAAGAAAACAUGGAAAAAUUAAACAAAGUUUGGAAGACUAAAAUUGAAUCUAAGGAAGAAAAUUCACUUCAACCAUUUUUUGUUGGCAGUGCAGCCAAGGAAGCACUCCUUUGUCCUAUCAUCACUAAUUUCGAGUUUGAGUUGCUGUGCUCUAUUACUUGUAAAGCCUGUGGGCAUGCUGUUCUUAAGACAGAAGUGAGUAAUUACCUCCCCAUCAAUCUUCCCCAAGGACAGCAAGCACUUCCCUUUUCUAUUCAAUCUAGUCUUGAUCUUUUCUUUGGAACAGAAAAUCUUGAGUAUACAUGUGAGCAGUGUAAACACAAGAAAUCUCAUGUAAAGUAUGAAUUCAGUAGGCUACCUAGGGUCCUUAUUGUUCAUCUGAAGCGCUAUAACUUUAUUGAGUUUCGGUCCUUAAAGAAGGAUGACCAAGAAGUCAUUAUUUCCAAAAAUUUGAAGAUAUCUUCCCAUUGCAAUGAAAAUACCAGACCACCAUUUCCUUUAAACAAGAAAGCACAUCUUAUCAAUCUCAAAUUUUUAAAAAUCUUUCGAAACCUAAAUUCUGAAGCUAUCAGUAAGUUGGCACCAUCAGCAAAGAUGACCUCGGAAUUCAUGAAAUCUUUGCCUUCAUACAUUGUACCAGACGAUGAGCCCGAACCAGAAAAAGAUCAUGUUCAUCAUGAAGGUUCAAGAGAAGAAGAGAAACAAAAAGACCUCGGGAAAUACUCGAUACUAAAGAUACUAGACUCCGCAUUGGCAAACUCACAAGAUGGAUUAAUCGUUGCAAGAGAGCUGUUAGCAGUGGCCUUAAUGAUGAAUAUGGAAGACUGCUCAUUUUCUCUGAGAGAGAUAACCAUCAGCGACCCAGAUGUAUGUCAGAAAGUGUUUGAAAAUCCAAAACUAAAGGAGGACGAGACAAUCAGUAUGUUUGCAGAUUUUGAGGCUGUGGCUAAGAUCACCAAAGAUAAAGAUGAAAACGCCAAAAUUUCAGAAGACGUUUCCCCAGUGGCUGAACAGACCCAAAAUAAAGAAAGGAUGAAAACCUAUGAACAAGCCCUUUGGCUGGCACUGCUUCAAAGCUUUCCAAAGCCAAAGACUCAAAAGAAAAAGUGCACAGAGAAACUCAAAAGACCAAAGGAAUCAGGUGUCCAGGGAACCAAGGUGAAUUCCCCAGCUGCAUCGGGUCGCAAUAAAAAGUCUAGAAAAAAGAGCUGUUUAGGUACAGAGAAGACAGAAGCUGCAUCCAACGAACCGAAAGGAGAAGCUGAGAUGGAAGAUCGUCAGGCCUACCGGCUCAUUGGUGUUCUCAGCCAUCUUGGGAAGAGCCUAAAUUCAGGCCAUUAUAUCAGUGAUGCCUACGACUUUGUAAGGCAAGAGUGGUUCACUUACAAUGAUUUGCAGGUGACAAAUAUCGAAGAGGCUACAAUGCAAAAAGCUAGACUUUCCUCCGGGUAUGUUUUCUUUUACAUGCAUAAUGAGAUCUUUGAAGAGCUGUUGGAAAGAGAGAGCUCCCCACCUUCAAGCACAGAGGUAGGGAAGAUCUCUCAAGAGCAGAAAGAAAGACAGACUUAA